AUGUCGGAAAAUGCAGCACUUGCAUCACCUGAACUGUCUGAAAGACAUUCUGUGGAUUAUGAUGGACCUUUAAACAUAUUUUACACAUGCGAUUGUGAACUUAAAAGCGUUCUUGUUAACUUGAGGAAUGCGGUGAUAUGUCGAUCAGCGAAACCUCAAGUCAUGAAGGGCACAUCGUCACUCCUUGUUUUCAAACGUCUACCAUCAAACGUAGAUCAUGACUCUUUCCGUGUUGAAAUCAACAAUCACAGAAGUGAAUAUAAAACAAUUGAACAUGCAAAUAAUAUUUGUUUAAGUGAAUCAGCAACACCACCAACACCAUCAACACCACCAGCUACAACAACAAAAACAUCAUCACCACCUUCUACAGCUUUACCACUGGAUGAAGGAUCACAAUUAGCUUAUAUACAAGAUGUACGAUUUCAUAUUAAUCAAUUAAAUGGAGAUGAUAAUAAAUUAUUUGAACGUUAUAAUUGUUUAUUAAUACAAUUACGUAAAGAGAAACGACGUUAUCAUUAUUUAAUUAAUCGUUAUCAAAGAUUAUUUAAACAACAGAAUGUUCUGGAGACUUUCUCAAAUAAUUUAUUAUGGAAUGUAAAUAAUGAAAUAAAAGAUUAUGAUAUUAAUAAUUAUAAUAAUCAUAAUGAUUAUGAUAAUGAUCCUAUUCAUAAACUAGAUUAUCCUAAUUAUUUCAAUGAUUAUUCUACUUAUAAUCAUAAUACGACUACUAUAAAUAGUAUAAAUGGAAUAAAGUUGCCCAGUAAUAAUAAUAAUAAUAAUAAUGGCGAUUUUCCAAUGUCAAGACGUCACCACCAACAACAACAGCAGAAAAUUCGUCAAUUCCAUCAAAACAAAUCAAACAACACAAUAAAAUCACAUCGUACACGUUCAUUAACACGAAUGAAAAAUAUGAUUAAAGAUUGUAAUGUCAAAGAGAAAAAUUCUAAUUCUACUAUGAUAAUUCAAAAUGAAAUAUUACAACUUAAUCAAGUAGAAGCAAUGCGUAACUUUUUCACACUUUACACAGUACAAUCACAACAAUUAGAUGAAGAUACUAUCAAUGUUAGUGAAGAAUUGGAACAAUGUAAGAUAACAAUGAAUCAAUUAACUGAACAACUUGAUCAAAUUGAAUUAUGUCGAAAUCAUUUAGUUUCUAAAGAACUCCAUGUACUUUUAGAAGCACAUUCAUCGUUGAAUCCAGAUUUAGAAAUUACGUAUACAGUAGAUCAUGUUUCAUGGACUCCUAGUUAUGAUAUAAGACUUUCAAGUUCAACAGCUACGUUAAAAAUUAUCUACUAUGGUACUAUACGCCAGAAUACUGGUGAAGAUUGGGAACUUGGUAAAUUAACUUUAUCAACCGCUGAACAAGAUCAUUUCAAUGAUGUACCGCAAUUGAAAUUAGAACAAUUAUCAUUUAAAAACAGUGAAAAUGUUGUUCGUAGACGUCAACAAACUGAUAAAUUCAUACGAAAGUCAAAAGCGCGUUCAUUUCAUUCAGAUGAUUCAAAUGAUUACCAAACAAUAUCAUCAUUAUUUCCCUUAAAAGAAAUAGAUACUGAACAAUAUCAUUACAAUGAAUGCAAAAAUGAAACAUACAAUCCAAUUAAUCAGACAAUAAAUGAUUCAAGAAGUAGACUAGAACGUAGUUUUUUAAAUGGAGGAAAUCAUCAGAGAUCAUUAUCAACUCAACGUUAUUACAUAAAUAAAAAUGAAAAUCAUCUAAACAAUGAUUUAGAUUAUGUACUAACUCAUUGUCCUUCAUCAUCAUUAGACAGUGUUAUAUUUAAACAUGACAAUGGAAAUAAACAGUUAUUUAUGCAUAAAUCAUAUUCAAAUACUUAUUCAUCAAAUAAAAAUUAUUUUCCAUCACUUGCAUUUGAUAUUCCUAAACCGCCAAAAUAUAUAAAAGGUAAUGGUGAACCACAUCGUGUUAUUAUUGGUACAUUAGAAUUUAAACCAAAAUUACAAUAUAUAACAAUACCGAAACAAACACCAAAAGCUUUUCUACGUGUUACAAUGCAUAAUAUAUCAGAAUAUGCAUUGUUAGAAGGUCAAGCAAGUGUAUAUAUUGAUAGUAAUUUUAUUGGAAAAACAAAAUUAUCUGCUACAGCUGUUCAAGAAGAAUUCACAUGUGAAUUAGGCUAUGAUCCUGGUAUACGUGUUACAUAUAUGCCAAAACAUAAAUAUAAAAAAACUGGAACAUUUCUUGGUAAUAAAACCAUGUCUAUAGUAUUUAAACAAGUUAUAUCAGUAGAAAAUAGUUAUCCAAGAAGUAUGAAACUUUUAGUGAUCGAUCAACUGCCAGUCAGUACAGAGGAUAAAUUAAAAAUUCAUCUUAUUGAACCAUCAAUUAAAAAUCCAGAGAAAUAUGAUCCAACAAAACCGAUAAGAAUAAGUAAAACAAAAUCAAUUGAAUGGGAUAUUGAACUUGCUCCAUAUGAAUCACGUGAACUAGUUUUAAAAUACCUUGUCGAACAUCCAUCUAUUAAAGACAUUGACAUUUCAACACUGGGAAUAUGAUAAUGUAAAUGAGAAGAAGGGAGUAAUGUAAUAAUAAUCAUAUAAACAAAUAAAAUACCACCCAGAAACUGUUUUGCAAAAUUUUUCCUUACACUGAACAUUAUGUUCUAACUAAAACAAAACAACAACUUUUAUUAGACCUAUUUGAAUUUAUCAAUGGGCAUUUUUAUAUAAUCCCUAUCUUAAUACUAUCUAGUGGUGAUAAAUGACAAGUUAUUUAAUCGUUAUAUAUUAACCUUGAUAGUAUACACUACUGGUUUUCUUUUGUAUAGAAAGAAUUCUGUAUUGCCAUUUUUAUUGCUUAU